AGAGCGUGACGUCUCUCUAACUUCCGCGCUCCCUCCUCCUUUCAGGCUUUCACUGUGUGCCCGUUACAAACAUUUCUCAGGCGACUUAUAUUUUUUUGUUUUUCCUUCACAGGCUUCCUGUUCUCCAACCAAACCCUCUUUCCUCCUUUUUUCGGCGCCUAAAACCCAAUUUUUCGAAUUAUUUUUUUCACUCCUUGCAGGGAUCACAAGUUGUGCUGGGAAUUAUAGUUCUUCCUCUUCUUCAAAUGGAGUUCGUGGGCAGAACUGUUAAGAAGGAGGUCAAGGGGGUUGGGAUUAUUUCGGGAACAGUGAAAUCUUUCGAUUCAUCGUCUGGUUUCGUUGAGAUCGUUUAUGAAGAUGGUAAUUCUGAGGAGCUUGAAUCGUCUGACGUGGCUUCUCUUGUUCAAGGGGAACCAGAGUUAGUAAAGGUGAAGCGCCGGGGAAGGAAACCCAAGAAGAGGCGUCGUGUAGAAAGGAAGCAUGACACCAGUGGAAGCCCAGGUAAUAUUGAUGAGAAUUUGGGUGUUUCCAUGCUAAAUGAUUCUGAAUUGAGGGGGGUUUCUGAUGAAGGUGUUUCUUCUAGUGGGAAUUUAAAAGUAAAUGGUGAAUUAGAUAGUGGGUUGAAGGGAAGCCCGGGGGCGGCAAAUGGGGCAGGAGGGAAUUUGACUUUGGGAACUGAAAUAAUGGGGAAUUUGAAUUGGAGUGCCAGCUCUAACGGGAUCAAAGAAAUUCAACGGACGGAAAGCGGGAAUGAAGAGAAAUCCAAAGAAAGUAUAUCUACUAAUGGUAAUUCCAGCAUAACGGAUUGUGUAAAAGACGGGCUUGAUUUGAAUGCCAGACUUAACCUGAACGAGGCCUUGGAUCUGAAUGAUGGAUGUAGCUCACAUGUUAAUACUGAGAAUGGUUUGAAGGAACGGGGUUGCAUUGAUUUAAAUGUGGAUGUGAAUCAUGAAAUUGAUGCCAGCGGGGACGUGACUGCUGUAGAUUGUCCAGCAGUUGGAAUUUCGAAGCGGGAAUGUAAUUUUGAUUUGAAUGAGGAGGUAUGCGAUGAAGCUAAGGAAACUCAGGGUGAUAAUGCUGGAGAGAAACUGUCAGAUGGAGGUGGUUUGUUUAAAAUGGGGCAAAGCCCUAAGUCAGAGACGGAUAUUAAUCAAAAUUCUGUACAAGAUGAUAGUGUUAAAGGAAAUUUGGAUUAUAUCCCUGAUUCGAUGAAAUUGGAGGGAAUUGAUUGUUUCCGUGAGCGUACAGGUGAAGACGCUUCUGUGAGUAUGAUUGAGCAAAAGGAAGAUGGAGGUACUGUGGCUUUUGACUCUCAUGGGGUUUCAAAUGCUAUUUCUUCUAAGGAUUGUGAUUCUCUGGAGGUUUGGCAGGAGCAUAGUCCUGAAGCUGGUAUUGCUAUAACUCAAGAAUGUCAAAAUGAUCCAGGAAGCCAAUAUAAACGGAAGGGCCGAAGGAAGAGAAGAAAACUAUCAGAGAAUCUAAAGGCCGCUCCAGAGACAGUUUUAAGGAGGAGUUCUCGCCGUGCAUCAGCUUUAAAACGUGACUCAAGCCCUAUAACAAGGAAUGUGAUGGAUGAUCCUUUCAUGUCUCCAGGGCCCAGUGCCAUAACAGAAGAAAAAACGGUUGUUUCUGGUUCUGAGCAGUAUGAACAGUGCAGUGAACUUCCGCCAAAGCUGCAACUCCCCCCUUCUUCUCAAAAUUUGAACUUAGAUAACAUUCCUAUUCUUGAUCUUUUUUCCAUUUAUGCUUGUUUGAGGUCCUUCAGUACUAUACUAUUUUUAAGUCCUUUUGAGUUGGAAGAUUUUGUAACUGCACUGAAGAGUGUAAAUCCUAACAUAUUAUUUGACAACAUUCAUGUUUCUAUUUUACAAACUCUUAGAAAGCACUUGGAAUACCUUUCAAAUGAGGGUUGCCAAUCUGCAUCCGAUUGCCUGAGAAAUUUGAACUGGGAUUUGUUGGAUCUGGUCACAUGGCCUAUUUUUAUGGCUGAGUAUCUUCUGAUUCAUGGUUCUGGACUUAAAACUGGUUUUGAUAUUAAGUACUUCAUGUUUGGGGGUGACUACUACAAGCAGCCUGUAACUUUAAAGAUUGAAAUUCUUCAGUGCCUUUGUGAUGAUAUGAUGGAAGUGGAAGCCAUAAGGUUGGAGCUUAACAGAAGAUCUUUGGUUACUGAGGCUGAUAUGAGUUUUGAUCAAAGUAUGUAUUUUGACAUUUGCAAGAAAAGAAGAGCUCCGAUGGACAUGUCUGGUGGCUUUUCUCUGUCUGAGGAGAUUGUUGAUGUCACAACUGACUGGAACAGUGAUGACUGUUACCUUUGCAAGAUGGAUGGAAGUUUAAUAUGUUGUGAUGGUUGCCCUGCUGCAUUCCACUCCAGGUGUGUAGGGGUUGCAAAUGACCAUUUACCUGAAGGUGACUGGUAUUGCCCUGAGUGUGCAAUUGGCAGACGUAAGCCUUGGAUGAAACCACAAAAAUCACUUCGAGGAGCAGAUCUUUUAGGAAUUGAUCCUCAUGGUCGUCUUUAUUUUGAUAGCUGUGGUUACCUGUUAGUAUCAGAUUCAUCUGACAUGAGAUCCUUGUUCAAUUACUACCACAUUAAUGAUCUGCAUGUUGUAAUUGAGGUGCUAAAAGCGGCUGAUGCUUUCUAUGGUAGCAUAUUAAUGGCAAUCUGCAAGCACUGGGAAAUUCCUUUUAACUUAAAUGGAGCAGCUUAUCAGCUGGAACUCUCAAAUCAAAGUGCUAGCAGGUACAUGCACAUGAAGACAGAAUACUCUGCUAUAUAUCCAUCCCCAGCACCUUUUUCAUCCUCAGAAGCAUUCUUGGACACUAAUCAGGCUGCCGAUCAAAGAAAUUAUGAAGAAACUUCUACUGCACAACCUUUUGGCCAAGAGUUUCUCAAAGCUGAGAGACAGUUAGAUUCAGUGAUAACAACAGAAAGUCCCUGUGUUGCUUCAGAGGUAUCAGCUGAAACAACAAAAAUGAGAUCAACCACUGAUGAUGAUCCUCGAACAUAUGGAUUCCAUGAUUCCAAUAGACCUGGUGGAGCCCUGAAUCAGCCGGGAAUACCAGAGAAAUUGCACACAGUCAGUCGUGCUUCUCUGAGGUCUUCCCGCUUAGAUACAAGCCACAAGGUAAACUUAACAUCUGCAGGUGCUGGUUAUACCGCAUCAGCUAAGUCCACUGGGAAUAGAGCUACUUCAGAAAUGCUAUGUGGAACUGACUACAUAAACUAUUACAGCUUUGCUCGAACGGCUUCACUAGUGGCUGAGGAGUUGAUACGUAAAUCUCCUGAAAAAACCAACAAGAGUAUUGAAAUGUCUGAAGAAGACUUAAUUUCAGAACAAGCGAAGGCUAUUAUUAAGAAAUCUACGAACUUCUGCUGGCCAAGUUCUCAAAGUGUUAAUGCAGCUGCCCGAAAGGAAAAAUGUGGGUGGUGCUUUACAUGCAAAGUUGAAAAUGAUGACAGAGAUUGCUUGUUUAACUCUGUGGUGAUGCCUAUUCAGGAAGUUUCUAAAAGUGAUUUAGUUGGAUUUCAACCAAAGAACCAGAAUGCCCAUCUUAAAGAUGUCAUAUUUUAUAUUCUCUCCCUUGAGGAUCGAUUACGUGGGCUUCUACUGGGGCCAUGGUUGAGCCUCCAUCAUUCUAAGAAUUGGCGUAACAAUCUUCUUAAGGCAUCUGAUGUUGCAUCUAUUAAAUGCUCAUUACUGACUUUAGAGUCCAACUUGCGGCCUCUUGCUCUUUCGGCAGACUGGUGGAAACAUGUGGAUUCUGCUGUUACCAUGGGUUCGGCUUGUCAUAUUGUGGCCAGUUCACGCACAUCUUGGAGGCAUAGUAUUGGAAGGAAAAGGGCAAGGUGCUCUGAUAUUGAGUCCAGUGCAUCUUCUAACGCAAGUGGUUUGGGAACGUAUUGGUGGAGAGGUGGUCGGCUUUCCCGUCAUUUGUUUAAUUGGAAGGUUCUGCCAUGCUCUUUGGUUACCAAGGCUGCUAGACAAGCUGGGUGUGCAAAGAUACCGGGCAUUCUAUAUCUUGAGAAUUCUGAUUUUCCAAAGAGAAGCAAAUGUGUUGCUUGGAGAGCUGCUGUUGAGACAUCAAUUAGUGUGGAGCAACUUGCCAUCCAGGUUAGAGAGCUUGAUUCAAACAUUAGGUGGCAUGACAUUGAGAAUACUCAUCCUCUAUGGGCGUUGGACAAGGAAUCCAGAAAAUCAAUCAGGCUGUUCAAAAAAGUAAUUGUACGCAGGAAGAGCACUGAAAGGGAAACCGUAAAAUAUCUUCUUGAUUUUGGGAAGAGAAGGGCUAUACCAGAUAUUGUUAAGAAACAUGGUUCUUUGUUGGAAGAAUCCUCAAGUGACAGGAAAAAAUAUUGGCUGGAAGAACCUUAUGUUCCCUUGCAUCUUAUAAAGAAUUUUGAGGACAAAAAAAUUGCUCGCAAGUCCAAUGAAACGAAACCAGGAAAAGUUCUGGCGAUCAGUGGAUUUAAUAAGAGAGCUCCGCAAAAACGGGGUUUUUCAUAUUUGUUUUCUAGGAUGGAAAGGCCUACCUAUCAUCAGUGCGGCCACUGCAACAAAGAUGUCCUAACCAGGGAAGCUGUGAGCUGCCAGUACUGUAAUGGAUUCUUCCAUAAGAGGCAUGUCAGAAAAUCUGGUAGCACUGCUGAAUGCAGAUAUUCGUGUCACAGAUGCCUGGAUGGGAUGCAUGUAAAUUCUAAUUCUAAAAGAAGAAAACUUGACCCAAAACUAGGGAAUAUUCAGUCACAAAAGGGUCGAAAGGUUCCUUCAGUGGGCAGACCAGUUAAGCAAAAAGGCAGCAAAAAGCCAUUGAGCAAGAGGCGGCAAGGAAAAUCUCAAACCAAUAAGAAGGUCCCGUCAAGUAUACCUCUUCGUCGAUCAGCUAGGAAGGCCAAAUGCUUGUAUGUGCAAAAGAAAAGGAAUGUGGGACGUAAAAAGGGAAAGAAAAGUAAAUCCAAGAAGGUGACAUCUAGGAAGCCCAAGGAAACAUCUAGGAAGCCCAAGGAAACUACUUCUCGUUCUAAGACAGCAGUAACUUUUGAGCGUAAGAAACGAACUCAUAUCUGUAAUAGUUACUGGCUCAAUGGUCUUAGGUUGUCCACAAAGCCAAAUGAUGAACGAGUAAUGCUGUUUAAGGAGAAAAAGCAUCUUGGUACCUCAGAAGGUCUUUCUAGCACCUUUGAUCAACCAAAAUGUCAUCUUUGUUGUGGAGAUGGGUGCACUUUGAAUUAUAUUGCUUGUGAAAUCUGUGGAGAGUGGUUUCAUGGGGAUGCUUUUGGACUCACUCUGGAGAAUGUCAGACAACUCAUUGGAUUUCGGUGUCAUGUUUGUCGUGAUAGGACUGCACCAAUGUGUCCCCACAAGAAUAAUAAUGCCAUGACUCAUGCUGAAAUCAAAGCAGCAACCGAGUAUGCAGAGGAACUACCUAAUUCUGUUUCACUUCAGCCAUUGAGUCAGGUUUAGUGAUUCGUACGGAAAGGAUAUACAGUUGGACACCGGACGCCAAUUUCUUGUAGGUCCUUUUUCUUCCUGCAGGAGAAUGAUGCUCCUUCAUCAGUUCCAUUCAAAUUAAAAAUGAAAAAGAAAAAAAGGAAAAAAAGAAAAAAAGAAACAGGGAAAACUAACCAGUUUGAUGGUCGUCACAAGAGGAGAAAUGAUUGAUCGAUCAGAAUCUUGUGGUGCAGCAUGCUACCAUUUAGAGGGAAAGAAGAAUAAUGGCAAGGACAAACAUGUUAGAGAGGCUGAAGAAAAUUGCAUUUGAGGAGGAUAGCUUAGAGAAUUCAUACAUUAAUUGCAUUAUUAAUGAUUGUUAAUCUAAUCCAUGUGUAUUCAUUUUAGUUACAUUCUUUCUCAUGUAAGUCAUAUUGGAAUGAUUCCCUGGCUGUCCUUUAUAUUUAAACCUUUUGAAGAAAUCAAAUAUAUGAUCAUAGCAUUGCUUACUUGGCAAGGA